CACUCAUGUUGCUCAAACACAUAUAUUAUGUACUGCUUAUAGCACGGUGUUCUAGCUUUGAGCUAUUCGGUAUGUGUGAUCUGGUCCGGCGAGGCUGAGGUAUGGCAUUGAAGGAUUGUUUAUUAAAGCCGCUGCUUGAGCAUCCAGUGACGGUCUGCCAUCCGGUACCAACUGAUACUCACAGAAAUGGCGAUUUAUUUCGUACCCGGGUGUUCUACUUCUAUUGUUGAAAUAACUUGUUUGCUUAUUUACCACUUGACUAUUCAGACCCUAGUGAUGUUCAUUUCACUCAUUGGCGUCUACCUCAACCCCUCAACCAUACUUGUGUCCUGGGAACCCUGUGCCUCAGAACACCUCUUAUUUUCCUUCGGUUAUUAACAUUGUUUUAGCCCCCACCCCAAACUACUACUCCCCUGGUGAUAAAGUCGAACUUCGCGUCAACAAAGUCGAAUCCGAUAUCACCCAGUUGCCCUACGCCUACUAUGACCUUGGCUUCAUGUGCGGCCCUAGCGUGGAUGUGCAUGCGGUACCGCUCAGCCUCGGCGAAAUCAUCCGUGGUGACCGCAUUUGGGGCUCGGACUACGCGCUCACGUUUGCGAAGGAUAUACCAUGUGCGCGUCUCUGCGAUAGCGUUGUGAAACGCGCCCACUUGGCACGUGCAGACACGCUUAUCCGCCAGGGCUACGUCGCUGAAUGGAUCAUCGACGAUCUCCCGGGUGCUACUACAUUUGUCAACGAGUUGAACAGCAAGUACUACGCCGCGGGCUUCCCACUAGGGUUCGUGGAAAACGACAUCGCGUACAUCCACAACCAUGUGAUGAUGGUCAUCCGGUGGCACGCUACGCGUGAUGGCCGCAAAACCAUUGUGGGCUUCGAGGUUUACCCGCGCAGUGUUUCUGACACGCAGUGCCCGGGAGCGCGCAAGGAUUUCACAAACUUUCGCAUUGACCCUGCGGCCGAAAGCGCGCUGAUCCCCUUCACCUACUCGGUCUACUGGCGUGAGGAACGGGGAGUCAGGUGGGAAGACCGCUGGGAGCUUUACGAGCGGGACGAGACGCGUGGCGAGCACAUCCACUGGCUCGCCCUCAUCAACUCCUCUGUCUUGGUGUUCUUCUUAUCCACCAUUGUCGCAGUCGUUCUUCUUCGAACUUUGAACAAGGAUAUUAAAGGUGUGAUCAAUAGAGAUAUAGAUAAUAAUGGAAAGGACAAGGAAACGGAGGACAUGUCUGGAUGGAGGCUCCUCUCUAAUGACGUGUUUGUGCCUCCGACCCGCGCACUUGCGUUGACGAUUCUCGGCGGGACCGGUGUCCAGCUUGUGUUCACCAUUGCGGCGGUUUCUCUCCUCUGCGCAGCGGGGAUCAUCAACCACAAUGUUCGCGGUAGCCUCAUCUCGUGCAUUGUGGGCUUGUUCGUGGCUGCGGGUUUUGCGGCGGGGUUUUCCGGCGUGCGACUCUACACAAAUUUCGCCGACGCGCACGCGCACUGGCCGGCAGUCGCGAUCUUGUGCGCGGGCACUCUCCCGCUCCUUGUCUUUGCCUUUUCCUUGCUCCUCAACUGCUUUAUCUGGGCCAAGGGCGCCACCACCGCCUUGCCGUUUGGAACCAUCAUCGUUUUGGUGCUCCUCUUUGCGUUGCUUGAGAUUCCGCUCUCCUUGCUCGGAGGGUACUUUGGAAGCCGUAGACAGUACCAUCAAAUGGCCACGCCUAUUUAUCUGAUUCCACCCCAGCCAUGGUUCACACGGUUCAGAUAUGCUGUGCCCAUCUUUGGAGGCAUUCCGUUUGGCGUAGUCUACGUUGAGUUAAUGUAUAUCUUCAACUCGCUCUGGCUCGAGAAGACGUCGCAGUACUACAUGUACGGUUUUCUCUUCGUAACGAUCAUCUUCUUGGUCGUGGUGGUUGUGGAGUCGGUGGUGGUGUCGCUAUAUAUCUCGUUGGUGUACGAGGAUCCCCGGUGGGCCUGGCGCUCCUUUGUUGUAGGGGGAAGUGUCGCGUGGUACAUUUUUGCCUACGCGGUGUAUUAUUUCUUCAGCCAUUUACUUGUUCGCGACUUUGUUUCGACCCUAUUGUACUUUGGGUACGUGGGCUUGAUUUGUGUGUUGAUCGGGUUGGCCUGUGGGGCCGUGGGGUUGUUCAGCGGGAUGACGUUUGUACGAAAGAUCUACGGGGCGAUUAAACAGAAGUAAAGGUUUUCCUUAAUAGCCGAAGCGAAGGCUAAUAACUAGUGUUUUCAAACGUACAGAUUAUUUAUAGAAUAUAGAGG